AUGGCCGGGGGCGGAUAUGAGGAGGAGGAGGUGGAGGAGGAGGGGGAGGAGGAGGAGGAGGAGGAGGAGGAGGAGGAGGAGGAGGAGGAGGAGGAGGAGGAGGAGGAGGAGGAGGAGGAGGAGGAGGAGGAGGAAGAGGAAAGCGGCACGUAUCACAGUCAAGAGAGAGAGAGCAGCGCGUUGCCCACUCACCUCAUGCUGUCCUUGAGUCCGCAGAAGGCAGGGAAGGACCCCGAGGCAUAG